AUUUUAAUGUUAUCAGGAAUCGGCCCAAAAAAUAAUUUGGAAGCAAAUAAUAUCAAAGUUCGUAAAGAAUUACCGGUUGGACGUAAUCUACAGGAUCAUCCGUAUUGUCUCUUUGCUGGCAAAAUUUCUGUUCAAAAUAAUACAAAAGACGUUUUUACAUCUCAUGCUUGGUGUUGUGGCCAUAAACUUGGAAUUUUGUUUAAAGGUAAUUCUGAAGGAAAAAUUCCCAAUCAAAAAGAUUUUCUUGACGAACGUCCCGACAUUCAAACCUACAUAUGCACUCAGAAUGGGUUAAAUACUAUCCUAGUGCAAAAAUUAGAAUUUAUUGCGCUAUCCUCAGUUUUAAAUUUUCCUUCAAGCGUCGGUUACUUGGAAUUAUCUAGUUCUAAUCCAUUU